AACAGCUGAUUGGGAGAAACAAAUAUUUUCUUUGUUUAUUUUUAAAGUUUUGUGUUUAAUUUUUUUUUAAUCUUCACGAUGACACUUGACUUGGAUGCUAGUAAGAAGGACGAAAAGUUGCUGAUCACAACUAUCCAGCAAGAGUAUAAAAUCUUGGCUGAGUACAAAAUGAUCGAGUCAGAGAAGCUAAGUGGAAUAUACGUUAUACCCAGCUAUGAAAACUCUUUGCAGUGGUACGGUGUGUUCUUUGGACGCCAGGGGUUUUAUGCGGAGAGCGUUUUCCGUUUCUCAAUGUUGCUGCCCGACCGUUUUCCAGAUGAAAAAAGUCUUCCAUCUAUAAUUUUUCAGCAGGAUGUGACGCAUCCUCACGUCUGUCCUUUCACCCACACGUUGGACAUCAGCCAUGCGUUUCCUGAGUGGCGUUGCGGCGAGGACCAUCUCUGGCAGUUGCUGAAGUACUUGCAAGCCAUCUUUUCCGAUCCGGUGGACAGCAUUCGGGGCAUUGAAACCGACAAGCUUAAAAAUGCAGAGGCUGCGGAGCUACUCAUGAACAACAGGCAAGAGUAUGCAGCUAGAGUUCAGGAAAACAUUAAGGAGAGCAAAGCCCACAUCUAUGACACUCCACCUACGGAGGAUCCCCACUACAUAGUAUUCGAAAAGUUCCAACAAGAUGUCCAUGGACCUGUCUUGGAACGCAUCAAAGCUGGCAGGAACAAGGCGGAGGCAUCCCAGCAAGCGAAUGGGGGACAUGCCACAGGUCUUUCUUGGGUUAAAGAGGGCGAAUUCAAACCUUUAAGCAUUGAGUAAAAAAAGUUGUACCUAAUUGUAUCAUAUAAGCUAUAUAAACUGUAAUGUCUCAAUUUUAAUCUAUAUUAUAUACACUCCUCGUUCAUUGGAAA